AUGGCCUCGCUUGCCGGCCAGACGUGCUCGACCCCCGACAUGGCUCCUUGGACCGCCGUUCUGCCAUCUACCGAAGACGAUGAGGCGGAAUAUCUUACCCAGGUCCUCCACCUUGCGCCAGAAGUGUCGGAAGCAGCUAUCGAGGACGAGUUGAUCGCAAAGGCGAAUGCCCUGGGUAUUUCCAUAUCGAGACUAUCACCCGAGAAGCGUAACACCUCGAGCGCCGAAUCGCAGACUUCUACCAUUGCAACACAGCAUGUCCGCACCUUCUCGACCGCCUCGCGCAAUUCCGCCAGCACAACCCUCACCUCCCACCCGUCUCUACACGCAGUUCCCGUCACCGCCGAUACCCCUCCGCAUUCCCUUGUCAGAAAACGAUCCAAGAGCCUCGGUUUCUCCCAAUACGACAAGUACCUGUCUCAGAUAGACCCCAAUAUCGACCAACCCAAGAUCCAAAAAGCGUCCCCAUCCAUUACCCACGGCGUCUCAACGCACAGCUUAUUCAGCGUCUCUUCACGGAGGAGCUAUUUCAGUAUCAAGGAGGGUAUCCGGAAGAUACGACGCAAGAGGACAUCUGCUAUGCUGGAAUCUACAAUCUAUUGCAUAUGCUGUCGCAAUGAGUUCAACAAGUCCAAUUCUCUGCACGGCUUGCCUUGUGGCCAUACAUACUGUGCCGAGUGUCUCAGCAUCAUGAUUCAGCAGUCAACGACGGACGAAUCCAAGAUGCCGCCUCGAUGCUGCACGCAGCCGAUUCCAGGGCCCAUCGUUCAGAAGAUCCUCAGUCGGGAGGAGCAGCAUGCCUUUCUGAAGUCGGUUUUGCAAUUCAGCACGCCGUGGGAAGCAAGGAUAUUCUGUCCGAACACGGCGUGUGGCGAAUUCAUCCCCCCUCGCAACAAGAUCGAUCCGAAGCACCCUUUCGACGUUGUGUGUCGCAAGUGCCGGACACGAGUCUGCGUGAUGUGCAAACGCAACGCUCACCCCGUUGGCAAGGAUUGCCCGUCUGAUUGGGAGUUGGAAGCGGUCCUGAAGAUGGGCGAAAAAUCGGGCUGGCGAAGGUGUUACAAGUGCCGCACAUUGGUUGAGUUGAGUCAAGGCUGCACUCACAUGACCUGUAGGUGCAAGGCCCAGUUUUGCUACAUCUGCGGUGCUAUAUGGGACCCGUCUGUGGGUUGCCCAAACUUUUGCAACGGCGACGAAGAACUGGAGCGAAGGAGGAUGGAAGAAGAAGCCAGGAAUGCUGAACUUGAGGCAGAAAAGGCUGCCCAAGAAGCUGCUGCUGCUGCCAAAGCUGCUCAAAGGAUUGAAGCCGAAAAGCGCACCCAAGCCGACGCACAAUUCACCAAGCUGCAGGGCGAGAUGCGCGAAGAAUUGGAUCGAUUUCGGGUGUACACGAGGAAGAUGAAGUGGGCCAUGUGUACAAGGCAAGCCGGGAAAAAACAGGCAUUGGCCGACAGGUACUCGGACCAAAUUGACAAGAUGAAAGAGCGCCAUGCGAAGACUGCCACUCAUCUAGAGGAACGCCAGAUCGAAGCCGAGAUGGAUCUGAGGUCAACCCUUGACCAAAGCGAGAAGAGCGUCAAGAUUCGCCUGAAGCACAUGGAGGCAUACUGCGAUGGGCUCGGUCGCUCUUCGAACGCCAAUCUGCCGCCCAGAACCGUUACCGAGAGAGACCUUCGCCUACUGGGGCAACAGUACAAUGUACGAGAUGGCAUGGAACGCUUGCACCAGGCCAAAAUCAACGUUUUGCGAGACCGUCAGGCCAAGCGCAUGGAGGAACUUUUGGAUCGACAGGAGCAAGAGCUCGAGAAACUAUUCAACAAGAAGGAACAGGAUAUAGAGAAUCUGGCAACGGAUUUUGCACAUGAAGAAGAUACCCUGGUCAAGAUUAUUAAUGACCGCAAACAGAGGCUACAACGACGCUGGCUGAUAGCGAUCGAGAUUUUGCGUAAAGAGCUGGAGGAGAAAACCGGGGAUCAGUAUGCGUCACUCGCAUUGCCAGUAUGGCCCGAGGACAAUGAGACGCAGGACGAGAUCCUGGCGCCACUCCCCGGCUCUCCUGCAAGCGAGGGCUAG